AUGGACGAGCUCGCACGCCAAGGCAGGGUGUUGGAGCCCGGCGUGAGCAGCGCGGUGCUCAAGGCCAAGCCGCAGGAGGCCCCCCGCUCUAUGGCGCACUGGGAUCACCUACUAGCAGCGGCUGCCGUGCAGGCGCAGCGCACGCGUCAGCUGUCCAAGGCACGCAUGCAGCUUGCCAAGAAGGUGUCUCGCAUGGUGGCAGCGUACUGGGAGCGUGAACUGAACCAGGAUGAGCGCGAGCAGAAACUCCAUUGGCGACGACAGCGGGCGCUGGCAAAGUGGACAAUGAAAGAGGUGCAGCGCCAGUGGCGACUUGCUGUGACCGUGAUCCGAGGACGCAAGCAGGCGGCGGAGCGUGCGGAGCGCGAAAAGUUGGGCAAGAAGCAGCUGCAAGCCAUCAUUGAACAAAGCACACAGAUGCUGGAGACGCAGCAUGCCGAGCUCGCGAGCGAGACACCAGACGAGUCGGAUGAGAGCAGCCCUGCUGACGAGGAGAGCAAUCCUACGGAGUCAUCUGAGGACAGCGACGUGGAUGAGGCUGAGGAUGCGCCUUCUGCCUCUGAGGAUGGCGUCGAUGAUGAGCAACUGGAGCGCGAUAUGUGGGAGGAGGACGAAGAAGACGAGGACGAGGACGCCGAUUUACAGGCGGACGCGGACUUGCCGCUGGACGAGCUGCUCAAAAAGUACCAGUACGACCCUCGUCCCAGCACGGACGAGCCCGCCGAGCACACGAGCUCCGCGGCGAAGGACGAGUCGGACGAACCGAGCGUCACAGCGUCCCCCUCGGAGGGGGCCUCGGACGCGGCCUCGGAGACCGCGUCCCCGGAAGCAUCAGAGGCAGGCUCUGACACCGAGUCCGUCUCUCUACAGGCGCUCCUCGGCGAGGACCACAAGGACAGCGUGCUGCCCAAGGUGCACCCGCCCUUUCUUCUCCGCGGCACCUUGCGCCCGUAUCAACAAAUGGGCAUGGAAUGGCUCAUUAGCCUGUACAACAACCAGGUCAAUGGCAUUCUUGCGGACGAGAUGGGUUUGGGUAAGACCAUCCAAACGAUUUCACUGCUAGCUCAUCUGGCGUGCGACCGUGGCGACUGGGGUCCGCACCUGGUCGUCGCGCCCACUAGUGUGAUGCUCAAUUGGGAGAUGGAGUUCAAAAAGUUUCUGCCUGGCUUCAAGAUUCUGUCGUACUAUGGCAGCCAAAAGCAGCGGAAAGCCAAGCGGGUCGGCUGGAAUACGCCCAACAGCUUCCACGUGUGCAUCACGUCGUACCAGCUCGUGCUGGCGGACCAGCACAUCUUCCGGCGCAAGCCCUGGUCGUACCUGAUUCUUGACGAGGCGCACCACAUUAAAAACUUCCGCUCCCAGCGCUGGCAGACCCUGCUCGGCUUCAAUUCACAGCACCGCCUCUUGCUCACAGGCACGCCCCUGCAAAAUAACCUGAUGGAUCUAUGGAGCCUCAUGUACUUCCUCAUGCCCCAGGGCAUCGAACGCGUGGCGGCUGCGAGUGGCGCGUUUACCAGCAUGAAGGACUUCCAGGACUGGUUCUCGAAUCCACUCGGUCGAGCGGCCGAAAACACCCAGGGCUUGGACGACGAGACGCGCGAGACGGUGGCCAAGCUCCAUACGGUGCUGCGCCCCUACGUGCUGCGCCGACUCAAGUCGGACGUGGAGCGUGAAAUGCCGAAGAAGUUUGAGCACAUUGUGCCGUGCCGCCUAUCGAAGCGCCAGCGCUUUUUGUACAAUGACUUCAUGUCGCGCGCCAAGACGCGCGAAAGUCUCGCUAGCGGCAACUACAUGAGCAUCAUCAACUGUCUCAUGCAGCUGCGCAAAGUGUGCAACCACCCCGACCUGUUCGAGCCGCGUCCCAUCGUCACGCCGUUUGUUACGCGCGCCGUCGCCGCCGACUAUGAGAUUAAGGAUCUACUUGUUCGCAAGCGCCUGCUUGCCGACGAUCCCUGGUCGUCUGUCAACGCUGACUUUUUGAAUCUGCACUGCACGCAGCAUGAGCCAUUGCUGACGCCCCUUGCUACGCGGCGCUACGCGGCGCUCGACGCGUCUGACGCCGUGGCACAGGCCGUCCCUGACCCUGGACCUGCGCCGGCAUGGGAUGCCAUGUCUCUCCCUGCGUUCCAGCGCGCUCUUAGGCACCGCCGCGCGCAAGCUGCCUACGAGCAAGCACAGCACCGCGCGUAUGUCAAUCGUUUCCGGUGUGGCGUGCACCCUGUCUAUGGCCGGACGCUCAUCGAGACCUUGCGCGGAGCGACAAUGCCGCGAGUACACCCGCUAGACGCAGGCGCGUCGCGCGACCGAUUCUUUUCCGAAUGCGAGGCGCUGCGCGCGAGUGUUCUCUCGUACGAGCAGCGUGCGGCGUCCAUGCACAGUACCAUUGUCCGUUUUGCAUUUGCCACGCCCCCCGCCUUGGCGCCGGAGGUGUCGCGCCUGGCGCUGGCGCCGGCCCAGAGCGACACGGACUGGGAGCGUCGCCGCGAUCCGCUUCACACAGCAGCUGUGUCGCUCAACAUUGCUUUCCCUGAUGCAUCCUUGCUGCAGUAUGACUGCGGCAAACUGCAGCAACUAGACACACUCAUGCGCCGCCUGGUGGAUGAUGGGCACCGCGUGCUGAUCUUUACCCAGAUGACCAAGGUGCUAGACAUUCUCGAAAAGUUCUUCAACUACCAUGGUUACCGCUACCUCCGCCUUGACGGUGCAACCAAGGUCGAACAGCGCCAGGCCCUUACCGAACGCUUCAACCGAGACACGCGUAUUUCUGCGUUUAUUCUCAGCACGCGCUCUGGUGGGCUGGGCAUCAACCUAGUGGGCGCUGACACGGUCAUUUUUUACGAUCUUGAUUGGAAUGCGGCCAUCGAGUCGCAGUGCAUGGACCGAGCCCACCGAAUUGGCCAGACGCGGGACGUGCACAUUUACCGCUUCGUCAGUGAGCAUACCAUUGAGGAAAACAUGCUCCGCAAGGCCAACCAAAAACGACGCCUCGACAGCAUGGUAAUUCAGCAGGGCGAGUUCACGACUGAGCACUUAAUUCGCAGCGACUGGCGCGACAUGCUCGACGAGGGUGGGCGCUCGCUCGGCGGUGUCAAAGUCGGCGACGAUGCCGCGGGCGACACGAACGACGUGGAGAAGGCCUUCCGCGCCGCUGAAGAUGCCGAGGAUGCGGCUGCCGUGCAUGUGGCACAGGAAGAACACCAGCUGGAUCAUGCGGACUUUGAGGGGGAUGUGCACGCUGUGAAUCAUCCAGCUCCCUCAUCGCCGCGGCCUGUGACACCAACGGGCUCCGGGCCGAGUACCGUGCUGACCGCCGAACAGCGCAUCGACCCAGACUCCCCCACCAGCGAUAUGGACGAGGACGACGAUUUGGUUGGGUCCAUUGACGACUAUAUGCUUCGCACUGUAGAAGCCGACUGGGCUUUCUUCGGAGCCUAA